GCACAGACAUACGCUGCUGACCUCUGGUCAGUCAGUCAGUUUAAUCCGCCAAGAGUCGUUGCAGUGAAGAGUUUUACUCGUGCGCGCGUCUCGGUCUUUUAUCGCAAUCAGCAACCGCCAAGCAACGAUUUAGUUGUGCUAAACGGGAUUCGGUAGAGCCGCUGCGUUUGACCAUUAAAUUUAAUGUCGCGGAUGAAAGUGAUUUCUAAGUGAAAUAUACUUAACGCGUCUGCUUGAUAGACAUCGUUGCGGAUUGCAUCUACGAUUCAUAGUUAGAUCUGUAUGUACGUGUGACUUCAGUUAAUUUUGUGUUGUAAUUAUGGUUAUUCUCGCUACGCUAUGUUCAAGUUUUUAAAUUAAAAUCAAGAAAAGAAAGCAAAAUUUUGUAAUAAGUGUUUGUUACAUAUAUAAAAAGCUGCGUGUAUUUAGCCGGUGCUUUUCUUUCGCGGAAAAAAAUUAACCUGCUAAGAUUUUGGCUUUAUUAGCUUAUGCUGUUUAGUGUAUAUAAAUACAUUCGGCAAUAAAAAUAUCUAUAAGUAAACAUCGAAAUGGGCAAUGCAGGAUACACAUGCAUUCGAAGGACGUUCUGUUGGCUUAAUAUAAUUUUAUGGCUUUGCAGUUGCGCCUUCCUUGGUGCUGGCGUCUGGCUGCGUUUGUCGUACGAGGGCUAUGCCACCCUACUUCCCGAUCAUCAUGCUUUAAGCGCAGACUCGAUUUUUUUAGCGAUCGGCGUGGUCGGUUUUGUUAUCUCAUUCUUCGGCUGCUGCGGAGCUUGGGUGCAAUCACGUUGCUUGUUAGUGUUGUACUUCCUGCUAAUUGUUAUGCUCUUCUUGAGCGAAUUCCUAAUUGGUUCGAUUGCUUUCCUUUUCCGUGGCGGUUUGGGGCGCACCUUUGCUAACGAGUUGCGUUUCGGUAUUGAGCGACAUUACAAUGCAUCGGAUCGUGGUAGUUUGGUGGCACCAUCGGUCGCUGCCAUUUGGGAUAAUGUGCAGCAAUCGUUCGAGUGCUGUGGUGUAUCCUCGUAUGAGGACUGGUAUGACAUUCAGUCGUGGAGUGGCAAACGUUGGGUACCCGAAUCGUGUUGUCGGCCCUCGGAGGCACGUAGUAUACUGACCGAAGGUUCCGGAGAUAGUUUCCUGCGAGUAGAAUGUGGGAAAUCGGAAAAUCCCGCCCUCUGGUGGAGUAAGGGUUGCGCGCAUUCGCUACAAGCCUGGUUCCAAGGUCAGCUGAACGUAAUUGGUGCUGUUGGCUUGGGCAUUGCGUUUGCACAACUCUUCGGUUUAAUCACAUCGAUGCUGCUAUUUUGCACCGUAAAACACAAACGUGAAACGGAGACUUAUAAAUCCUAUUCACCAUCGAUUGAUCCACAGACACGAACGAAUAUGUGGGAGGACUGAAGCCAACUUUAGCGUUGUGCUGAAAGCAACGAUAGUAUUCUUAUCAUAUCUUAUUGAUUAAAAGCAUUUAAUAAAGAUAUUUAUCUACGAAUUAAUGAAGUGAGAAACGAAUAGGAUUAGUGAUUAAAAUAUGUACGUUCGAUCUAGUGGUAAUUGACGAUUUAUAGUAUUGUAAUACACAUGCAUAUGUAUCUAUGUAUGUGUGUAUGCAGUUAUAUAAUUGUUACUAAACUUGUAUGCAAAUUGUGCCAAAAAUAUUUAUUAAGUAUUCUACGAAGGUCUGUGAAAACUUUUUUUUAGUUAAUUUAUCAUAGGUUAAAUAUUCAGUGGCAAUACAGCAGAAAUAUUGGAAAUAUCGUAAAGAACAAAAACCACUUUUGCCAAUUAAAAUUUCGCUUUUCUUUAUUUGUACUCAGACCUUCGUUUUAUAACGGUUUAACAUAAAAUCCAAUAUACCCAAUAUGUAUUUAUUUGUACUGCAUAAACUGCCAGUUAACAUAUAUAGUAGGUAAUACUUAGAGACAAAUAGUUUGCGAGUACUAGUACGAGCAUGCCAGCGAGCAGAAAUUAUUUUUAAAAGCACAAGAAUAAAAUUUUGUGAUUGAACGGGCCAUUUUUCUUGAGUUAAUAACUUGUUAUUGCCUAGUAUUACAUAUCUUUAAAGCCACUCUUAUUAUUUACAUUGUGCAACGUACGUCUUCAGGAUAAACCGAAAGUUACCCUAACCAAAAUUCCCAAAACGUACUCACGUAAAAUUUUGUAAAGCAAUUUAUUGGAACAACUUUCAGCCACCGAAGCCAAGUGGGGUUAUGAGUGACUAUCUUUCGGGUGAAAUUGCUGAUCAUGAUUUAUGAUUUCUGCGGAACUGAUUCCGAUUAUUGCUUCCAGCGAACAUUUCGGGUACUUACGGGCUCGAAGAAAUAAAAAAUCAAAUGAUAGAACAUUUUUUCUAAAGCGGAGCAAAAUACGAAGAGAAUUUUUGUUUUGAAAAGUUUUCUUAUAAAAAACUACGGUUAGUUUUACGACGGUAAAAUGAGACUUGAAGUAUCAGAAAUGCAAAUUAAAGUAUCAGCUAGUUAGCUAAAAUGUUCUGAUAUAUCCCGUACUGUGGCCAAAAAAAAAAUAUAAUAUAUAAAUACAUAACAAGGAUAAUAGAUUGACAGAUUUUUCCAUCCGAAGCAAAAUUAUAAGAGUGACUUCGACCGGCACAUCACUGGGGACUACGUAGAAGAAUUCUGAACGAUCAGGGACGAUAGAUUACAAGGUUGCGUCUUCCGAAUUUACUGUGUCGGAAGGAAUAAAAGAACAAAAUGAAGGGGAGUUACUUGUUUGCGAAGAGGAAGAGCAGGCUAAAGCAAUAGAAACAUCCAAACAGAAGAAGCUAUACGCACACACACACAUUCUUGCCUCGGGGUCUUCCGCAUAGAAACUCAAAAGAACUGCAUUUGGAGGCUUUAUAUUGAUUUGUGCUUUCACAAUUUAUUACGCGGCACUUCGUUUUCAUUAGUUUGCUUAGUUUAAAGCUCACAAAUUGCAAUAUUACCAAGCCAUUCACUUAAUUUUCACAACCAUGUAAUUUCUCCUCCUUCUGUUUGUUUUUUAUUGGCAAGGGACCUGACGACGGACUUGUCAAAAUUGCGAAAAAUAAAGUAACUGUUUUGGGAAGGCAACACCAUCAGUACUCAAUUCGACUCGACAAAUUACCAAGUUUGUGGAUUCUUUGUGAGAGUAACUUCGGCUGCCUCGCCGCUGGCAAGGCGGAACCAUUACAGGUGAUGGCAACUGCCCAGCUGAUUAUUUCGCGGUAGAUAUUAUUAA